CCUAAGUUGUUGUUUAUUUCAGAAAUAAUUAGUCGAAGCGAAUAAAUUUAUGGUAAUUAGUUUAUUUUUUUUAAUUAUUAUCCUUUUUAUUCAGUUUGUGAAAAUGGAAAUACAAACUGUCUCGAUAGGACCUCACUUAUGAGUAUAGAAGCGCAAAAAACUUAUAUGACCAAAUAGUCUUAAUAUAACACAGGUUCGUAUUUCUCAAUAUGCUCAAAAUGCCAUUAGAAGUCAUAUUGGUGUGCUUAUAUCUUUCAAGGUAGGCAAUUUUUGGAAGAGAUUUUAUUUUAUUAAUGGGAAAAUUGGAGAGAAUACAGAUUGUUAGAUUAUUAAGUAAUCAUGGGCUUGUAGUGUAUUUACUUCGGCUGA